AUUCAUUCCCACCUCCUUUUCAUUCAUUCAUAAAUAUCUAGGUUUUACCCUGUUCGUUUUUCUUGUUCCGCAAUUUCCAAACACACACAAACACACAGUCUGAAUUCUUUACUUCGUUAGGGUUUCCUUAUAUAUAUAUACACACACAUCUUAUAUAUAUAUAAAUAUAAAUUUCUCUCCAGUAGAUUAUCUUUAAGUUUAUGCCGUUUACCCCACACAAGGUUGUAAUCUCUUUCAAGACAUGGAGCAAGUAUGCCCUUGGUCAGGUUUCCAGAGACAAGUUUUUUCAUUCCAAGAAGUGCUUGAUUGGCGUUGUCUUGUCGUUGGUGAUUUCCAUUCUGUUUUCAACUGCACUUGAUGAUCCUACAGUGUAUGAGCAGUUGAGCAGGUGUAAUGCCAUUUUUUCCCGAUUAUGUCAGCAAGUCUAAAUCUUGCUUGUAAUCUAUCUGUUCACUGUCAAGUUGUAGUUGAGAUUGUCGGUCAGACCUUAAUUUAGCGAUACUUUUGCUUCCUGCAGAUGGGUAUCAGUUAGAUCUACAUUAGAUACUGACCUAAGAUUUUGAGACGGAAUUCAAGUAAAGUAUAUGAGAUAGCCAUUUCGUCAACAAAAAGAAUUCAGUCUUUUUGAGAUUUUGUUUGUGGCCACGAGUGUUUAGCUUAUAUAUACUUGGUUGGAUCAGUGUCAAGAUGCCGAUCAAUUCUCAGUUGUUGCUUAUGUUACCUUGUCAAUGUCUCGGUGUCGGGGAACCGAUUUCUUUUAUGAAUUAUAGUAUGAGGACUGUUCGUCAGAAACAUAUAGUUACUCUGCUCUUGCACUAAGAGUGAAGGUUGAUCCAUCUGGAACAUCAAGGCUGGCCAUUAUUUUAUAGAUUUUUCAAUAAUAUUUUACAUAAAGAGUGUUUUCUUCUGUAUAUUUGUUUCGUCUUCAAAAUAAAAGUGCUACGUGCCGCUGCGAACACAAAAAUGGAUAGGUACAAUAUAAUCGAGGAAGUUGGUAAUGGAACUUUUGGGGUUGUCUGGAGAGCCUUGAAUAAGCAUAAUGGUGAAGUGGUUGCCAUUAAGAAAAUGAAGAGAAAGUAUUAUUCAUGGGAGGAAUGUAUAAAUUUGAGAGAAGUCAAGUCGCUGCGUAAGAUGAAUCAUCCAAAUAUUGUGAAGCUCAAGGAAGUCAUUAGAGAAAAUGAUGUUCUGUACUUCAUUUUUGAGUAUAUGGAGUGUAGUCUUUACCAUCUUAUGGAAAACAGAGUGAAGCCUUUCUCAGAAACUGAAAUUAGAAAUUGGUGCUUCAAUGUGUUUCAAGGUCUUGUAUACAUGCAUCAAAAUGGCUACUUUCACCGUGAUCUUAAGCCAGAGAAUUUGCUUGUAUCUAAAGGGGUGAUCAAAAUAGCUGAUUUUGGUCUUGCUCGUGAGAUUACAUCCCAACCACCAUACACCGAGUAUGUUUCAACACGCUGGUAUCGAGCCCCAGAGGUACUUCUCCAGUCACCAAAAUAUGGCUCUGCAGUUGAUUUAUGGGCGAUGGGUGCCAUCAUGGCUGAGUUAUUUACUCUCCGUCCACUUUUUCCUGGUUCAAGUGAAGCGGAUGAAAUAUACAAAAUCUGCAGUGUCAUAGGCAGCCCAACAGAAAGCACUUGGCAUGAAGGACUUGCACUGGCUAGUACAAUCAAUUAUCAGUUUCCAGCGCUUGCUGGUGUAAAUCUUUCUGCGCUAAUACCAUCUGCAAGCAAGGAAGCAGUGAGUUUGAUUGCUGCUCUUUGUUCAUGGGACCCAUGUAAGAGGCCGACCGCUGUGGAGGCUCUUCAGCAUCCUUUUUUCCAGAGAUGUUACUAUAUUCCCCCAUCUCUUCGCCCUAAGCCUGCUGCUGUUAAGACUUCUCUAUCUGUUGGAUUAAAUGGGAGGGGUACUAUGAAUCAGAACUAUCCGACAGUAUAUUCUGGUCUUCUGCCUAAUAUGAAGUCUCCCGGCAACAUUCCUUCACCUGUGAAGUUAUCUGCUUCCUUGAGCACAGGGAUGCAUCAUGAACUGGAAAUGGGUCAUCAGGGCGGAGUGAAGAAUGCAAAGACUACUUACAUAACUGCUACCGGACUGCCAAAAUACCAACCUACUGGGAAGUACAAUACAACAGGAUUGAUGGGAAAGGGUGGAGGCGUUUCUGACAUUGCUGAGAACUUGUCACACAUGACCAUUGGUUCAACUAGAGUGGCUCCUGGACAGCAACAACAGCAGCGGGUGUAUAUUCCCCCACCUGCAAAAGCUGUGAUACGUUAUGGACGGCCUGACUUGUUUCCUGGGAAAUCUCGUGAUAUUUAUUAUCAGCAUGGGAGAGUUUAUUGUAGCAAGGUGGGAGGAUGAAUGGAGGGUUUUAUUCAAGUGGUACCAUUAUUAGAUAUUUUAAUAAACUAAAAACGUUACUUAACCAGUUGUGUUAUGAGUGCGCCUUUCUUAUACUUAUGCUUGUUCAACUACGUUGACAUAUUAAUGAGAUAUUUUGUGAUUUAUGUA